AUGUUCCGCUUGGAGGGUCUGGGGCCCAAAGCUGAUCCCGAGGAGCUGCGGGCCAAAAUGCGGCGAGAUGUCAUCAGCUCUGUGCGGAAUUUCCUCAUCUAUGUGGCCGUGCUGAGAAUCACACCCUAUGUGAUAACA